UUCCAUAGUGACGACGGCCAUGUUGAGUGCUUUGACGUGAAGUUGUUCUGUCAAAUAUUCCUUUAUUUUGCGACGAUUGUUUUCUUUGGUGCCGUCUGUCAAUGUGCGUUGUCUGCAUUUAAAAGUAAACAAUGAGCGCCGAUACAGCCAACAGUAACCCAAGUGGUGUGGUGUCGGAUGUUUCAAAUUCAGUGGAUGCAGGAGUGGUGCCAAAAGCAAGUGCUAAUGGACUUGAAUUUCUGCAAAGCAUCGAUGGGGAAACCGACUUCAAAUACCUGCUGUUUGAUGACAACCUAGUGACAGUGUCGGACACGGGGAAGGAGCUGGGAGAGUUCACAGUGACAGUUGAGCCCACCAAGUACAAGUCCCUCGAACUGUUCCUGAUACACGCCAACAGUCACGGGGCUAUCGAUGGCGUGCCUUGUGGUACCUCCAUCACAUGCUACGUCACCAAGCAGCUUGAAACCAUCGAACAGCAGCAUCACGAAUACGUCAAGCUGGAAAACUGUCCAUUAGACAGAAAAACAUUCAUUGUUCGUCAGGAAGAUGGAUAUGUUGUGAAUCGAGUCAUCACGCAGGGGGAGGAUGUUCAAAGAACGGCCAAAACAAUCCCGCUGGAUGCAAUGCAGGGCUUUAUUUCUGAAGGGUCCAACCUGCUGCUCCACCGGCUGUUGAUAGAGAAGACUCUCCCUGAUGAUAUGCAGCUGCUGUCCUUUGACUCGGAUGCCAACCUGAGCGUGGCGGUGUAUAAACACCUGGAGGAAAGAUCCCAGAAUGUGGAGGGUCUGGAUUUGAGAGUGUUUGGAAUAGAGAGAACCAUCAUCUCCACAACAGAUCUGCCCACAACAUGGCAGUCCUACUUUUCAGGAGACUGUCACUUGACAAAUCGAGUGCAAGUGGGGUCACCGGUCACGAUGAAACUAGCUGAGAUACCUGCUGCCAUAGAGAGAGAUGAAGAGCCUCCAAAACCAACAUUCGAGAAGCAGCCACUCAACUGGGAGGAGGACAUGCAGCUGUACUCCAGAUUUUUAGACAGAAAGGAGGAGUUGAAGGGAGACCAUGCUGUUUACAUGAGGCAUCACCCAGAGUUGAAGGCGCUACUUGCUGAUUUUCUGCAGUUCUUGUUGCUACGGAAACCAGACGAUGUGUUAUCAUUUGCAGCGGAGUACUUUGCUGCCUUCUCCAAUACAAUGCCAUCAUCAUCUCCAUACAUGGGGUCCAGUACAUCCACACCCUUUCCUGCUAGUCGAACAAAUACAGGCAUCGAGAAAUUGCGGACACCCACCCGAUAAUGAAAUAGUUUUAGAAGUCCUGGAAUGUAACAGCAACUCUGGAUCUGGGGCUUGUCCCACAAAGCAGUUGCAGCACUCUGACAGUCGGCAGUCAGAAUUUAGGUAUGGAGAUCGGAGUCUUAGCGCUAAGAUGGCUUUGUGGACAGGACUGAGAGCAUCAUCAUGACGGGUCACGCUUCAUCUUGUUUUGCCCCCGGGAUGGUUCAUGUAGUCUCUUCCUUCAGUUUGACAGUUUUUAUUCCUAACUUCACGUCCUGUGUCCAUCUUCCCGAGGCAAGGGAGUUAACUAGGGUGGAAACUGGUCUUUUAUGGUCAGUUAAUUCUCUUGCCUCACUUGAUGUCUUGUGUCAUGACUUUUAACUUUUUGUUAUUGCUCAAUUGCCAUUUUGAUGCUGUGACGGUUGCAGGUUUCCAUAGCAAUGGUGACAUCUUUCAGUGAAGAUCCCAGUUAGAAUGGGAAUGUCUUCAGCAACCUGUGCUUGGCGUAAAAAGCAACAAAUGGAAUCGGGUGGUCAGGUCACUGAAUUGCUUGAUGCAUGUCAUCGUAUCCCAAUUGUGUGGAUCGAUGUCCGUGAUGUUAAUCACAGAAUUGUCUGGUCCAGACUCAAAUAUGAACAAAGUGCUGUCAUAUAGCUGGAAUAUGGCUCAGUGUGGCAUCGAACAACAAACAAACAAACAGUAUUCACACCUGGACUUCCAAGAUGAUGACUGUAGGCCAGCUUCAUGUGCAAGUCAAACCACUUUGUACAUCUGCUGUGAAACCACGGACUGCUUUAUAGAAUCUAUGUCAAUUGGUGUUUUCCCAUUGUUUCUGGUUUAUCGGCUGUGACGUAUAUCAGGAAGAAAAGUUGAAUGUCUGCUAGCUUUUGUUUACAGUGACUAGCCUAUGAAGGACAACACCCUGUAAAUAUAAAUGUCAAUGCUAGAGAUUAACCAGCCUAGAUUUUAUUCCGAAACAGAUUCCACUUGGCACAAAGGGUAAAUAACUGUGGAAAUUAUAUGAAUGGACCACUGAAAAUCAAGGAUGACAUCAAUUUUUACAUUACUCAGGAGUACCAUGAUUCACUGUACUUGGUGAUAGGAGGGUUCUGUGCCAUGACAUCAGUAUAGUGAUGUCCUGUAUUAAUACAGAACUAUACAAAAAGAGGGACAUGUAAAAUUGUGUAAAAAUAGUAAACUAAUUACUGCCGUCAUCUCAAAUGUACUAAAGGGUUUUGUUUGUCUUCUAUUCAUUCCCUCUGAUGAUAGGCUUCGUCUCCCCGCAAGGUGUCACGAUGUCCUUUAUUGUAGUGUGUAUUGUGACAAUCGACACGUAUCACAUUGCAACAACGUGGUUACAGCCCCAAUAGGCUUUCUAUUACGAUGAAAGUACUUAUGAUAGCAUGACAGUUUUAUCCAAGCUUUGACUUGUUCAUGUCUAUGGGUUAGGACUAUUCAGGAAGCACACAGUCAACCUUGUUAAGACGCUGCUACUUUCGUACUAAAGCCUAUGGCACACACAAGUAGCCACAGCGGAUGACUAGAACAUUAAAUGGCAAAUGAAUGGUUAGAAUCUCAUGCUUCUUGUACUCUGGUAUCAGUAUGGCAUCGCAUGACGGGGACAGUAUUCUUGGUUUAACAUUCAGUAUUAUGUCAGAAUAUUCCAGUUUUUGUAAAUAUUUUUCCUGGGGAUGCUGUGUUUUAUAUAUACUUAACUCUGUCAACGAUGUGUUCCUCUCAAUGCAUGAUUGCUUCAAAGUGGUUUUCACCCGGAGGCCACACUGCGACGUGAAGCUGGCUGAGAGGACCGUGUGUGACCCUGUGGUGUGACCCUAUGGUGUGUCACUGUGGUUUGACCCUAUGGUGUGACCCCAUGGUGUGUCGCUGUGGUGUGACCCUAUGGUGUGAUCCCAUGGUGUGUCGCUGUGGUGUGACCCCAUGGUGUGACCCUGUGGUGUGACCCCAUGGUGUGUCUCUGUGGUGUGACCCUGUGGUGUGACCCCAUGGUGUGUCGCUGUGGUGUGACCCCAUGGUAUGUCGCUGUGGUGACCCCAUGGUGUGUCGCUGUGGUGUGACCCCAUGGUGUGUCUCUGUGGUGUGACCCCAUGGUGUGUCGCUGUGUGACCCCACGGUGUGUCGCUGUGGUGUGACCCCAUGGUGUGUCGCUAUGGUGUGACCCCAUGGUGUGUCGCUGUGGUGUGACCCUAUGGUGUGACCCCAUGCUGUGUUGCUGUGGUGUGACCCUAUGGUGUGGUGUGUCGCUGUGGUGUGACCCUAUGGGGUGACCCCAUGGUGUGUCUCUGUGGUGUGACCCUAUGGGAUCAGGCUGAACUGCACUGUGACAAAACAGCAUUAAAAGUGCCUGAGAAAACAGCACCACAUUUACCACUUGUUAUUCAGUUUGUAUUUCAGUUUUCACCAGGUCAGGGUGCCAUUUUCACUAGGUGCCAUUUUGAGGCAGUGCCUUUUCAGUUUAAACCAACCCCUACAUGUAGAUCUGUGAAAGCACUCAGCGAUUGGGAACGGAACACUCAGUACCAGGAUGUAGUGUGACAAGUUAAUUUCCUUGAAGACUUUUAUAAUCAGUGGGAUGACUCAGUAUGGGGAUGAUACAUUGUACACAGAGUGUUUCAACUUGACAGCUGAUGUCAUCCUGUAAACCACCUGUCAAUCAAGUGUUACCUGUACAGUCAACCACCUCUCAGUCAAGUGUAACCUGUACACUGUCAACCAAGUGUUACUUGUACACCUGUCAAUCAAGUGUUACCUGUACACUGUCAACCACCUCUCAGUCAAGUGUAACCUGUACACUGUCAACCAAGUGUUACCCGUACACCUGUCAAUCAAGUGUUACCUGUACACUGUCAACCACCUCUCAGUCAAGUGUAACCUGUACACUGUCAACCAAGUGUUACCCGUACACCUGUCAAUCAAGUGUUACCUGUACACUGUCAACCACCUCUCAGUCAAGUGUAACCUGUACACUGUCAACCAAGUGUUACCCGUACACCUGUCAAUCACCUGUCAGUCAAGUGUUACCUGUACACCUGUCAGUCAAGUGUUACCCGUACACCUGUCAAUCACCUGUCAGUCAAGUGUUACCUGUACACUGUCAACCACCUGUCAAUCAAGUGUUACCUGUACACCUGUCAGUCAAGUGUUACCUGUACACCUGUCAAUCACCUGUCAGUCAAGUGUUACCUGUACACCUGUCAAUCACCUGUCAAUCAAGUGUUACCUGUACACUGUCAACCACCUGUCAGUCAAGUGUUACCUGUACACCUGUCAGUCAAGUGUUACCCGUACACCUGUCAAUCACCUGUCAGUCAAGUGUUACCCGUACACCUGUCAAUCACCUGUCAAUCAAAUGUUACCUGUACACUGUCAACCACCUGUCAGUCAAGUGUUACCUGUACACUGUCAACCACCUGUCAGUCAAGUGUUACCUGUACACCUGUCAGUCAAGUGUUACCUGUACACCUGUCAGUCAAGUGUUACCUGUACACCUGUCAGUCAAGUGUUACCCGUACACCUGUCAAUCAAGUGUAACCUGUACACCUGUCAAUCAAGUGUUACUUGUACACCUGUCAGUCAAGUGUUACCCGUACACCUGUCAAUCAAGUGUAACCUGUACACCUGUCAACCAAGUGUUACCUGUACACCUGUCAAUCAAGUGUUACUUGUACACCUGUCAACUACCUGUUAAUCAAGUGUUACCUGUACACUGUCAGUCAAGUGUUACCUGUACACCUGUCAAUCAAGUGUUACCUGUACACCUGUCAAUCAAGUGUUACUUGUACACCUGUCAACUACCUGUUAAUCAAGUGUUACCUGUACACUGUCAACCAAGUGUUACUUGUACACCUGUCAAUCAAGUGUUACCUGUACAUCAAUCAAGCCUUUGUAUAUAGUCCAUUUCAUCUUGUUGUGAAAUUUACACCUCCAUAUUUUGUACAGGUUCCUUCAUCGUCAGUGCUUUGUUGAAUACUGCUUAGAGUUAUUUAAUUACCGAGUUCUGCUGAUUUUGUUAGAUGUAUAUUUGAGAUUGAAUCAGACAAGCUCAUUACUCAGAAAAUGAUUAAUCUGGGGUAGAUUUUAUCAAAAGAAUAUAUUUUCAGUUGUCUAGUAUUUAAACAUUUGAUGCCCUAUGUUAGUUCCCUCCCCCAGUUUGUACCAGUUGUUCAUCAACACAGCCUGGAAGACAGCCUAAGAUCUGACAAGAUGGUAUGGAUCAUUAGCCCCAGUAAGUAGGGGCAUGUACCUCACCAAGUGGAAGUCCCAUCAAAAUUGCUGAAUUGUUUGAUAGACAUUAUGUAGAAGUUGACGGAUGACAAAGUAGACACAAUUAAUGGAUUACAACUUCUUUUAUGCUGUAAAGGCAAUGUUUGGGUAAAGAUCCUUAUACCGUUGUCAAGCAAGACUGGAAAUUGCUGAAGUUGCUAAAAACCUACUUUUUUAAGGAUGUUGACUCAGUCAGGAUGACCUCGUGAAAGUGGGGGUUUUCAAUUCUAGCUCAAAACCCAGCUUUUUGCAUACUUGGGCAAUCACUGAAGCUUGCAUAGAAGGACUUUUAAUACUCUGUACUACUGUCACUUGACUUACUCCCAGCCAGUGUCCAUCUGGGAGCUGAUACAUCGACAGUCUGAUUAGGUAGCAUCAAUUACAGGAAGGGGAAUCUGUCCACUCCUGGGGUCAACACACAGCAGUACAGAUGACACAGGAAGAGUUAUGCCCCUUGGUGUCUCUCCAGGUCCUACAUCUAUGAACAUAUACAACAGUCGUGACACCCAGUAAAUGCAGAUAGAUAUGUUUAUCUGUCACCAGAUCUAUGUUACCACAGAACCGAGUCCAUUCUGGACAUCAGUCGACAUAGUAAACACAUUGAUUCUUGAUGAGAACACCUCACUGAGUGGGAUGUGGAAAGUUAAUCCGGAUUAGGUAGCAUCAGUUACAUGAAAAUUUGGUCCUUAGUUCCCCAGUUUCUGUCUGAAGUCUGGAUAAAAAUAUAAUAAAAAGGAGCCCAGUGACUCUCUUCAUUUUCAGACUAGAUCUAGACUUGCCAAACAUUAUAGACUUGCAUGGGCUGUAUUUGAUAUAUAUUUGUAUCAGGGUCUGUAAGACAGACUACGGACCACGGUGAGGUUCUGGACGCUGCCUACUGAAGUGCUGGUUCCAGUGAUGAAUGUCCCCCCCCCCCCCCCACCCCACCCCCCCGGAACUGCUUCCACUUCAAUGAUCUGCAUCUGUUUGGUUGUGCUGCUGAAUUUCUACUGUCUUUAUUUCUAAACAUAAUCAUUUGUUAAAAAUUAAUGAGGCAUUUUGUUGUGUUAGUUUUUAUUGAAGUCAAAUUGAAAGUUGUGAUUGAGCAAGGUUGAUUUCUUCACAGGAUAUGAAUCAGUAUUCUAAAAUUAUAUUUGGAACUUUGUUUUAAGGCACAAACAUCAUAAUAAAAUACUCUUACUCUGACACAAGUAUAUUGUGUUUGUAUGAAGAUAUAACAGAUUUGAUUGGGUUUUCUUUUAUCAUAUUACUUUCACAACAUAUUUCGUGAGCAGAAAUAAAAUCUAUUGUAUGUUUUCUCA